AUGGCGACAGGAGUGGGACUCAUACGACUCGAACCACCAGCUCUUUUCAACUCUCGGCAGCCAGAUGACUGGCCGAGGUGGAAGAGAAGAUUCACACAGUUUCGAAUCGCUUCAGGCCUGGCAGACGCGGACGAAGUACGUCAAGUGUCCACGUUACUCUACUGCAUGGAAGAGGACGCAGAGGGAGUCCUAUCUUCCACCAACAUCACGGAAGACAACAAAAAGAAGUACGAUGAGGUUAUUGCUAAAUUCGAAGAAUUUUUCCGCAUACGUCGCAACGUGAUCUACGAGAGAGCGCGCUUCAAUCGACGAAAUCAGUUAGAGGGAGAGUCUAUCGAGCAGUAUAUCACAGCUUUGUACGAACUGGUCGAGACAUGCGAAUACGGAGGUUUGCAACAGGAAAUGCUGAGGGACAGAAUUGUCGUUGGCAUAAGAGACCAGGCGCUAUCAGAACGUCUACAGUGUGACGCUGAGCUUACGUUGGAGAAGGUCAAACGAUCUACAAGACAGAGAGAAGCCGUGAAAGAACAGCAUAAACAUCUGCAAGGUGACGGCAGCAAGGACCAUCCAAUCGUCAUAGAGCAAGUGCGAAACGGCGCUAAAAGCGGCACAGCAGGCGGUAAAAGCGGCACCACAGGUGGCAAAUCGCAAGCAAGCAGACACCAGUUUGGCGGCGGACGGUCAAAGUCAGCAACCCCACCUGCGAGACACCAAUGUAAGCGCUGCGGAAGAUAUCAUGCUAAAGAAGCCCACUGUCCAGCAAGACAAGCCAGGUGUUCAAAGUGUAACCGAAAGGGUCACUUUGGAGCUCAAUGUUUCUCGAAGACAAUCGAAACUGUGGACAGUGAGAGUCGAGACGGAGCCUCUGUAUUUCCAGUGAACGUAUCCAAAAGGAUCACAUGGUCUUCAAAAAUUUCAGUAGGAGGCAAAGAGCUAACAUUCAAGUUAGAUACGGGGGCGGGGGUGACAGUGAUCACAGAAGAGGCACAUAGAAUGUUAGAAACGCCAAAGUUGCAGAAACCGUCCAAAGCCUUGUAUGGACCAACAUCUACAGCUCUUCGGACAUUGGGACAAUUCACAAGUACACUAUCAGUGAAUAACAAGACAUCAGAGGAGACUAUCUUCGUUGUCCAGAGAUUGAAAACCAAUUUACUAGGGUUACCGGCUAUCACAUCGUUACAACUUGUUCACAGGAUCCAAGCGACCAGUGUAGGAACCACCAUACCAGACCGAUUUCCCAAAGUUCUUCAGGGACUGGGUAAUCUUGGUGAUCCAUACAAAAUCAAGCUUAGAGAGGGAGCCAAGCCCUAUGCGCUGUACACCCCCCGGAGUGUUCCAAUUUCUCUCAGACAACAAGUCAAAGAAGAACUAGAUCGAAUGGAAAAGAUUGGCGUUAUCUCACAAGUGGAAGACCCCACAGAAUGGUGCGCUGGUAUGGUUGUAGUCAGGAAAAGGACAGGAGACGUCCGGAUUUGCGUGGAUAUGAAACCCCUCAACGAGAAUGUACUACGAGAGAUUUACCCCAUACCCAAAGUGGAUGACACACUUGCUCAAUUGGCGGGAGCCACAACGUUUAGCAAAAUUGAUGCUAAUAGUGGGUUUUGGCAGAUACCUCUAGAGGUGGAAUCUAGGCUACUGACUACCUUUGUCACUCCUCACGGACAGUACUGCUUCAACAAGUUACCAUUCGGCAUCGCUAGUGCGCCCGAGCUUUUCCAACGGCGAAUGAGCAAGAUUUUUUCGGGACUACCUGGAGUAUUAUGUCACAUGGACGAUGUUCUCAUAUUCGGAACAAGUCAAACGGAACACGACGACCGACUGACUUCGGCCUUACAACGACUGCAAAGCAGCAGGAGCAACUCUAAAUAA